CGCCGCCGUUUGACCUUGCCUCCGCCGCCGCCGCCGCUCCCCCCUCACUUCCGGGGCGCCGCCACCGGUGGUCUGCGCCUCGCACCGCCCGCCGAGCCGCAUCGCCUUUCCCAUCCGUGGACCGCCCUCCCAUCCAGCCUAACUCCGCUAGCCCGGCAGAUCGCGAGCAGCACCCUCGGGGCUCCCCCGUCGCCUUCGCUGCGCCACUUCUCGGAUUUAGACCGUGUGGCCUACGAGAAUUGGCACUUCAGGACAGGAGAACCUACAGCGCCCAGAUCUUUCAGAACCCUAAGCAGCCAUGAGCUGAAAUCUGUUUACAAUGAAAAUGGAGGAGAAAAAACGAUCUAUAACAGUUGCCCCUUUUGAGUGUGCUUGGGAUGAGGGGUUUCAGUUCAGGGAAGCUGGCCGCGGGUGCAUUACAUUUGAGGCAUCUGCACAGAAUGAUAUUACCCUGGUGUUCCGUGAACAACCUGGGAGCCAGCACUAUCACUACAAAAUGGAUAACAGCCGCCACUACACUGUGAUCUUGGGCAGCCAUAGGAAUAAAAGGUUGAAAAUUGAAGUAGAUGGAAAGACUGUUGUUGAUGUUGCUGGUAUAGGCCUGUGUUGCUCCUCAUGUUUUCAGAGCUACUGGAUCAGCAUCUAUGAUGGACUGAUAAGCAUAGGGCAAGGAAGGCAUCCAAAUAAGAACAUCCUAUUCCAAUGGCUUGACCCUGACCCCAACCAGAAUGUUCAAUAUGUGGGACUAUCCAGCUGGGACAAGCAUGUUGGGUACAGAAAUAUAAGUCUUAUGCCAUCAGCUCCUCAAAACAGCAUCCUUUGGAGCCAAAUUGAGUGCACAUAUGUUGAGCGGGAUGGUGCUGCAGGGCAUACAAGAAAAGAAGAAUCAAAAGAUGGCUCAGACCAAAGGGUCCUUGCAAACUUUCUAGAGAACUGGGAUUUCUCAGAUGCUAUAUUUGUUGUUGGUGGUGAAAGAAAGGUUGUCCCAGCCCACAAAGUUGUCUUGGGUUCCUGUGGCGAUUUCCCUUUUAACUUGAUAAGUGGGGCAGCUAUCGAGCUUCCGUCUGUCUCUUACCCAGUUCUGCACUCCCUUCUUGAGUACAUCUAUACUGGUUCUACACAGAUUUCGGAGAGGCAACUGAAUUCGCUGCUGGAGUUGAGUUCACGAUUUAAAGUUAAACCAUUGGUAAUGCGUUGUGAAGAAAUCAUUGGCUGUUUGAAGAUUAAUGAUACAAUUUCCCUGUCUAGCAAAAAAUUACAGUUAUCAAGUAGUGGAUCUCAAGCUCCUCAAUUUGAUUAUUUCCCUUUCAAAGCUCCAUUAAAUACACAGAAAGUUGAACAAUUCCUUGUAAAUGGUGAGCAUAGUGAUGUAAAUAUCCAUGUUAAUGGGCAUGGUCUUGUUGCUCAUGCACACAAACUCAUCCUUAGCUUGUGGAGCGUGACAUUUGACAAGAUGUUCACAAAUGGGAUGAAAGAAAGCAGUGCUUCAAAUGCAUUUUUCGAAGAUGUUCCUGUUGAAGCAUUCUUUCUCCUUAUCCAAUUUAUGUACAGUGGCGAACUUAAGGUGGAUGCCAAGGAAAUUACACCACUGUUGGUUGAGCUGCUGCUAUUGUCGGACCAGUUUGGGAUCAUGGCUCUUCAGUUUGAAUGCUGCAAAAGAAUUAUGGAGUUCCUCUCAGAGGACACAGUAUGUUCAGUUCUACGAGCAGUUUCGUCAAUCCCAUCUUGUAAACUGAUUGAAGAAAUGUGCAAGAGGAAUUUUGCACAACACUUUGAUUAUUGCACCACUGCUUGCAUGGGCUUUGUGUUGUUAGAUGAAGCAAUAUUUAAGGACAUUCUUCAGCAUGGUGAUAUGACUGUUACAUCGGAAGAGAGGGUUCUGGAUGCCGUCUUAACAUGGUGCAUGGAGGCUUGUGACUGUUUUAACUGGAACUCUGUUGAUGAGCUCUUAAGCACUUCAAAACCAGAGGAACUCUUUGGAGGGAGGCUCACUGCCAUCAAUACUUUACUACCAUUUGUGCGGUUUCCUUUAAUGCAACAAUCUGUCCUUCAGCUGAUGGAGAAAAGUAAUCUAGCAAAUAACAUAGAAGUAUUCAGACAGUUGGUUGCAGAAGCCAUUGAGUUCUGUAAUGUGGGAUUAUGCAUGACAACAAAUACAUGUGAGAGAUUUCAGCAUAGACGUUCCAGCUAUAAAGAGCUUCAGUAUAUUUCGGAUGGUGAUAACAAUGGUGUUAUCUACUAUGCUGGUACCUCAUUUGGAAAACACCAAUGGAUCAACCCUGUUUUAGCAAAGAAUAUUAAAGUGAUAGCGAGCAGCCCAAAUUCCAGGUACACAGAUCCAAAGGCUCUGGUUUCAAAAAAUUACCAGGGGACUUGUUUUGCUGGGCCUCGUCUUGAGGAUGGCAAGAUGUGUUCUUGGUGGAUGGUAGACAUUGGACAUGACCAUCAGCUUAUGUGCAAUUACUACACAGUGAGGCAGGACGGCUCCACGACAUUCAUGAGGUCAUGGGUUCUUCAGGGAUCAAUGGACGGCCAGAACUGGACCAGCUUGCGCAUCCACAAAGAUGACCAGACUAUAUGCCAGCCUGGCCAGUUCGCGUCAUGGCCGAUCACCGGCCCUUCGGCUCUGUUGCCAUUCCGGUUCUUCCGGGUCAUGCUGACGGGCCAUGCGACCGGUGUCUCCAACACCUGGAACCUCUGCAUCUGCUUCCUCGAGCUCUAUGGCUACUUCCGGUGAUUGGGACAAGUUUUGCAGCACACUGCUGAGAAGGAUCGGCAGUUGGCAGGCAUGACCAUGUAGCUAGGUAGCUUUGCAAUCCAGUGUGUUCAUAUAUGUACUAGUGAUGUUUGCUUUGCUUUGGUUUUGUUUACUUUGCUUGCUUUGGUUUCUUUCUUUCGUGGCAUAAUUGCCUAUAGAAAAGGUGAAUAAAAGCUUACACGUCCGGACAAAGACACUUGUGACAUCUGUUGUAAGUUGUAGGUUGAUACGUUUAUAUCAGACUUUUACCAUGCUGGAUUGAACUAAUCGGGAAAAUAUUCAUGAUAUUUCUUGUAUCUGAAGUUGGGUCAUGUAAAAUGGCUGGAUCUGUACUAGGAGUGAUAUGGGAGUUCUAUUGGUCAAUUAGUAGUGUCCCAUCCAAUGGUGGUGAUCAAGAGGAAAGUUGUCAACUUGUCAUCGAUCGUCAGAGAUGAGAAACAGCUCUACUCUUUGAAAUACACUGCAUUGAUCGAACAUGUUCAUAACUGCAAGCUGGUGGAUCGAAUCUGUUUGGACUUUGGACUUUGGAGGCAAGGCCUUUGGGACUGCAGGGCAGGAAACCACCAUUUCAAGGAUGAAUGGAGCUCGGCCAUUUCUUGGUCUUUAGCUUUGGUUGCCCACGUAGUGUCUCUUCAGUUUGAAGGAUUUUUAGAGAAAAAUAGAGGAAUUGAACUGUUUUUUCUGAAAUUCCUGUAAAAUCCUGUAAAAUUUCUGUGAUCCUAAAAAGCCUAUAGUGAAAACAAUCUGUAUGCCAGAGAUCUGGUAUCCCCAUUGCAUUUGUAGGUAUAAAAAUGUUCUUGGAUUCCAGGUCCAGCUGGCAACUAUACCCGAUCGACGUGAAUCACGUGAUCAAAAUUUGGGGCACAGACGUUUGGAG